AUGACUAUGGAUAAGGUUACGAUUCAGGAAGCAUCCCGCCGCCUGAACGUUUCGCAGCGGGACGUUCGCGAAUAUAUCCGCAGGGGCACCCUGCAGGCGGAGCGCGACCCGGAUUCAUCGACCGGCCGUUGGCUGGUCGAGCUCCCCGGCGACGGCUGGGAAGAUGAUUUCAAGGCCUUUCUUAACAAUAUGGCGGCAGCCCAGACGCCUUGGUGGUGGGCCUUCGACAACAAGAUCGGAAAGGUGCACUACCUGCUGCAGGUUGGCAUCGAGGAGAUCAUGCCCGACUUCCUCUGCGGACUGCGGGGAGAGAACCUGUAUUCCUCCGACGGGCAUACGGCAGACCAGCGCUGCCCCGAGUGCCUCCAGGCUGCCGUUAGCCAGAAACUCCCGCUCUGGGACGACUAG